UUGUAUUGCUAUAUAAAUAAGCAGCAGCUUGGGUCUAACCAACAAAACAUUUUAUUCUUUUCUCCACUCAUCCCCACUCUGUUUUGCCUCUCUGCAACGACAUUUGAAUCUCUCCUCUCCACUAUGCAAAUCCACCUCAUGUGAUCGAAGACUCGCGUCUCAGAGGAUCAGGAGAACGAUCAGGAUACUAAAAGACGUUCCCAGUGCACAAGACUUGGGAGAACGAUCAGGAUACUAAAAGGCGUUCCCAGAGCACAAGACUCGUGCAAAAAAAUAAAAAUGUCGAUGUUCACGUGCAAACAAAUUAGUCCUUCCCUAAACAUGCCUGAUGGCAGGCACGUCCUGCCAUUUCUCCACGGCUCCAGGACGUCAAAAGAGAAGGUUGUGGUUGUCAUGGGAGCCACUGGAACCGGGAAGUCCAAGCUCUCAAUAGACGUGGCAACUCGGUUCAGUGGCGAAGUAGUGAACUCUGACAAAAUGCAAGUCUACGAAGGCCUAGACGUGAUCACGAAUAAGAUCAGUGAGGAGGAAUCAUGUGGAGUCCCUCACCAUCUAUUAGGCAUAAUUGAUGCUAAUGCAGAUUUCACAUCAACGAAUUUCUGCAACAUGGCUUCACUAGCUAUGAGAUCAACCGUGGGACGAGGCCAGCUUCCAAUUAUUGUUGGAGGCUCGAAUUCGUUCAUUGAGGCUCUCGUGGACGAUGAAAUUCAUCAAUUCAGAUCGAGGUACGAGUGUUGUUUCCUUUGGGUGGAUGUCUCAAUGCCAGUCCUCCAGAGAUUCGUGUCAGACCGCGUUGAUCAGAUGGUUGACAAUGGAAUGGUGAAUGAGGCAAGGCAGAUGUUUAGUUUAGAUGGUGAUUAUUCGAGAGGUGUCAAGAAGUCGAUAGGUUUACCCGAAUUUGAUCACUAUUUCAGAGCAGAACGGUUUGCUGAUCUGGAAACUCGGAAAAAAUUACUUAAAAAAGCAAUAGAUGAGGUGAAGAAAAACACGUGUAAAUUAGCUUGUCGUCAGGUGGAAAAAAUUCAUCGACUAAGAACCAAUAAGAAAUGGAAGAUUCAUAGGCUUGAUGCAACAGACGCGUUUCUGAAGCAGGGCAGGAGGUCUGAUAAGGCGUGGGACGAGCUUGUGGCAGCGCCAAGCAGGGCUAUAGUGAGCCAAUUUCUCAGCACUUUCGAGUCUAAGAAGUACUACAUGGACACAUCUGUCAGAGGGGCGGCCAUCGAGACAGCCAUGGUGACUGCAACUUAUUAGAAGUGUGAGAUGUGAAGUUCCACUUGAUAAAGUGUUUUACAAUUUUGGCUUCAUCGACGAAUUUGUUGUGUCUUUCCUGUUGUGGCCACUAAACAGCAUUAGUUAUUUUACACUUGGAGAAUAAAGUGACUGAGAUUUGAGAGCUGUUGUCUAAUCAUGUGAGACUUAUGUACAAAAGACCAAAUUUUUCAUAAACAUUUUGUUUUUGUCGAAUCUCAGUUGCAGUCUGCAGAUUUUUUAAGAGUCACACUGUCACAGUGCCAGAUCUUUAACUGAGGCUCGAGUCUUCGACCUCUUAUUAAGCCAGAGGAGGGAGGAGCUCAUCAUUUAUAAUGGUCAGUCGCAAACUCAUUAAGUUUCAGACAAUAAGAAGCUCAAAUCGAUGGUAAACAUACAUUCCAGAUAUAGACUGCUGAGAUAUCCAUUUACAUGAAACACGAAAGUACAAGAACUCAUCAGUAGAACGAGUUGGAAAAGUAAACUUGUUAUUUUUGUAGUCAUGAACAAUAUAUUCAGCAGAUCGAUCUAGUACUAUAACCACUGACACAACUCGUAUGUUAACUAUGUGGUGCAUGGUGGAACAUAAUAUGUUAAGUGACCAAUUCUGCCAAAAACUCGAGGUCUUAGGAGAAGGGCUUACCUGCAAGUGACCAAUUCUUCGAGCCUUGUUGCUAUAGGCUAAUUUUUUUCAUCGAAUCAGGAAGGUGAGCGUGGAUGAAUCAUGGAUCACAUAUAAUGGAAUGCCACGAUUUGCAGACGGAUUUGCACCGGACAAGUGAUCGUACAGGCAACAAUAAAAGUAUCUCGAUUAUAAGUUCUUCACACAAGUAAUAACUGCUCCUACUUCUCACCAUUCUGCCAAACAAUUGUUACAGCUUCAAGUUCUGUGGCCAAUAUAAAGUUGUAGAAAGACAACA